UUCUAACCAAAAUAAACACAUCUUUCAACAACAAAAACACCCUUAAGCAAGUAAGAGAGUUUUAAGCUAAGGUCCAAGUAUCAUGGAUUCCGUCCAGAGCCCAAAAGCAACUGAUUUGUUGCAAGCACAAACCCAUAUCUACAAUCACAUCUUUAACAACCUUAAUUCUAUGUGCCUUAAAUGUUCAGUUCAACUAGGCAUACCAGACAUUAUUCAAAACCAUGGCAAACCCAUUACUCUUCCUGAAUUGGUCUCAGCUCUUAACAUUCAUCCAGGCAAAACCACUUGCUUGUAUAGGCUCAUGCGCAUGUUGGUAUAUUCAGGCUUCUUUGUCACCACUGAGACUCCUGAUGGUCAAGAAGCCUAUGAUCUAACACCAUCUACCAGGUUACUUGUGAAAGAUAAUCCUAAUUGCUUAUCAUCUUUUGUUAUUGCAUUGCUAUGGCCAGAUUAUGUUGCUGCAGGACAUUACUUGGGAGAUUGGUUUAAGAACAACAAGCUUGAUACAGUCUAUGAUCAAGCUCAUGGAAUGGAAUUCUGGGAGUAUAAUGAAAGACAUCCUGAAUACAAUCAGAUUUUUAAUGAAUCAAUGGCAAGUGAUUCUCGAAUGAUGAACUUGGUCAUUGGUGAUUGCAAGCCAAUUUUCGAAGGGUUGAAUUCAGUUGUUGAUGUUGGAGGUGGCAAUGGAUCUCUUGCCAGGAUCAUUUCUCAGAAUUUCCCUCAUAUGCAAUGCACAGUCCUUGAUCGUGCACAGGUUGUUGGCAGCUUAGAAGGCUCUAAGAACUUGAAUUAUGUUCCUGGUGAUAUGUUUAAACAUGUCCCUUCUGCCGAUGCCGCCAUACUAAAACUAGUGUUGCAUUGUUGGAAUGAUGAGGAGUGCAUAAGGAUUCUGAAGAACUGCAGAGAAGCAAUUGCGAGCAAAGGGAAGGGAGGAAAGGUGAUAGUGAUAGACAUAGUGGUAGAUGAGAAGAAAGAGCAAGAUGAAUUAACCGAGACAAAGCUCCUUUUUGACAUAUUGAUGAUGGUUGUGGUUAAUGGAACAGAAAGAACAGAGAAAGAGUGGAAAAGGCUAUUCUUGGAGGCAGGUUUCAGUCACUACAAGAUCACACCUUUGCUUGGUGUAAGGUCUCUAAUUGAGGUUUAUCCUUGAGAUCGAAAAACGAAAAACAAUCUGGAGUUGAUUAUUGAGCAGAAUUACGUCUCCUAAAUAAGGCAUGAUUGCGAUGUCAUAAUUAGCUAUGCUUUCCUUAACUCCUUAAUUAUGUUUUUACUGUAUUAUGUUUCUCUCUCCUUGUGCUUGGUCUGUACUGUGCUUUUGCUUGAUUUUGUCCAUGAAUGGACUCUAUGUUGUUGUAUGGCCGAUGUAGCCCUUUUCUGCAAGGUGCUACUAAUAAAAGCUCUAUUUAGCAAA